CUUGGACUCGCCACGCGGUCCCGCCUUCCCCAUUUUGCAUUUUCGCUGCAUUUUCUUCCAAUUUCAUUUUCAUUUCUUCGAUCUUCCUUCGUGUCCUUUUCGUCUGAAACCCUAAUUUCAUUCUUGCCCGAUUCUUCACUGGUCGAGCUGAAAUCCACAAUACUGACCAAGCCAACGUCAACGUACAUGUUAAACUAAGUACUAGCCAAAUGCUAAAUUUGCAUUCUCAGUGUUUGAAAGCUUCAGGAAAAGGGAAAAUUCGAUCCUACCCAGGAAAAGAUGUCUGCAAUAUAUGACAACUGGGAAAGAUUGGUUGCAGCUGUUACCAAGAAACAGCAGCUUUUGCAGCUUUUUCACGAUAGCUCGAGGAGCCCGAGCGUACUCUCGGAGACUUCCGAUUUCAGUUCCAGCUUCGAUUCGAGUCCCGAUCAGGCGUUGGAUUUUUCGAGAUCCCAAAGCUCAUCAAGGCCAUGUCAAGUCUCCCCGAAGCUCGUUCUUUUUUCGGACUUUAUUCCAGCUGUCGAUGCCGAAGGUCCAAACCCGGCCUCUACUCGGUUUCUUGGCAGGGGAAGCUUUGGGGCUGCGUAUGCGGUUCAAAUGGACCGUGGGCCGACGAUAGUGUUGAAGAGGCUCAGGUCAACCAGUUUUUCCGAUGAUGAAUUCGAACGCCACAUGGAUGUUAUUGGAAAUGUGAGGCAUGAAAACGUUGCCCCACUAAGGGCAUACUAUUCUUUCCAGGGCGAAAGGUUCUUGCUGUAUGAUUAUUAUAGUACAGGGAGUGUGUAUCAAUUGCUUCAUGAUAAGUGGGACUUUGAUACUUCAAGCGUUUUAGCAUUGAAAAACGGAGAAACAGGUCAAGCUCAAUCUUUCGUAAGCUGGGAGACCCGAAUGAAAAUUGCAGUAGGCACGGCGAGGGGUGUCGCGGAAAUACACCGGAAAAAUGGCGGGAAGCUCGUACACGGUAAUAUUACGGCGUCCAAUAUAUUCCUCAAUUCACAAGGGUACGGCUUUGUAUCGGAUCUUGGUGUAACCGAGAUGAUAGAUACGAAAUUCAUGCCGAAAGCACGUUGCUAUGCCCCGGAAAUCAAGAAUAGUACUAAAAACGUGUCCCAAGCAUCGGACGUGUACAGCUUCGGGGUUCUGCUGCUCGAACUUCUCACGAGAAAGGCCAGUGUUCACGUCCGAUAUGGUCCUACUGCUGUUGACCUAGUCAAGCUGGUUAAGUCGGUCAAGAAUCGGGAGAGGGCUUCCAAAGUUUUCGAUCCUGGCCUAUUGAAGCAUCGUGCGUUAGAAGAACAGAUGGUUAAAGUGCUUCAAAUAGGAAUAAAAUGUGUAGAGAAAUCGAUAAAAAUGAGACCUAAGAUGUCCCAGGUGGUGAAGAUGUUAGAGAAAAUUAAUGUGGUGGAACUGGCAAGCCGUGCCCAUUUGACCGAAAAACUUGUAUUUAUUGAGGAUAGAAAUGCCACAUUUGACCUCGAGGAUAUAUUAAGUGCUCCUGCUGAGAUGCUCGGGAGAGGAAUUUUCGGGAUUUGUUACAAAACACUUUUAAACAAUGGAGAGGCGGUUGUGGUUAAGCGGUUGAGGGAUGUGAUGGUCUCGUUCGAGGUAUUCGAAGAACAUUUGGAGAUAAUUCGAAGAAUGAGGCACAAUAAUGUCGGAAAACUGAAGGCGUACUUCUACACGAAAGGCGAGAAGCUGUUGGUGUAUGAUUACUACAAAAAGGAGAGCAAUGACAGGACAACGUUAGACUUGGAAACAAGACUCAAAAUCGUACUUGGUGCUGCAAGGGGUCUCGAGUACAUACACAGGCAAGAUGGGGGUAUGCUCGUGCAUGGAAAUGUGAAAUCCUCAAACAUUUUCCUCAACACACAAAAAUACGGCCUCGUCUCAGAUGUAGGGCUGUGGAAGCUCACAGAGACAAGGACAGUUUCCCAGUCAUCUGACGUGUACAACUUUGGAGUUGUGGUGCUUGAAUGCCUCUGUAAAAAACCAUCUCAAUUUGCCACGGAAAGUGGCCAGGCCAUGUCCCUUGUCGACUGGGCUCGGUUGAUUAUCCGUAAGGAACGGAGAACGGACUUGUUUGAUCCGGUGCUUAUGCUUAUGGGGGAGAAAGAGGAGGAGACAAUGGUUAAAGUGUUGCAAAUGGCAAUGGCUUGUGUUGAUUUUACACCCGAACACAGGCCUCGGAUGUCUCGAGUUGUGAGGAUUUUGGAGGAAAUCGGUGGGUUUGAGCCGUAUGAAGAACCAUCGGUGGAGUCGAGAUUGGAAGAUUUGAUGGAGUCUCUUAUGCCCACCUUUAGAUAGAUGAUCAUCUUGUCUUGUCUGAUAUGGUUUCGGUUCUGUGAAUAAAAUAAGAGCCUCAAAAUCGAAACGUUGUGCCCUUCGACUUGUGGUCUAUGACUAGCAGCCGGUCGAAUGAAGAUUUCAUAAUGGUCGGAUGAGGGAAUGGAAUCCGGUGUGAUGAUUUUUCGUGCCAAUUUCACAAAACGUCGAAAUUGUAUCAUCUAAUAGCUCGGUUCUUGUUGGUUUUCUUUUUCCCUAGUGUUAUGUUUUGUGUAGGAGAACCCCUGUGGUGAUUUGAGAGUUUGCAGUGAGUUGUUGGAGUAUGUGGGAUGUUGGACAUGUUGUCACCAUUUUUUCCUUUUUUUUUUAUUUUUUGGUUAUACUGCUGGAAUUUAGUUGUGGUUUUUUCAUAGUAAAUAUGAUUCUUUAACCCCUUUAAGCUGGUGUAGUUCUUAUCUUGAUGUUGGGAAUCAUUUUCUUUGUCUUCUA